AUGGAGGUGACCACCGUGUCCCCACCUCCCACCUCACCCUCUGAAGGAGGUGAUCUCUGUGAGACAGAUGUCACCACCGUGGCCAUACACAGUGUGACACUGCUCAUCGGCCUCUGUGGGCUGGCCGGGAACGGGGCUGUCAUCGGCCUCCUCAGCCGGGAAAAUUAUAACUCUGGCAUCUUUAAGCUGGCUGUCAUUGACUUCCUCUUCCUUCUCCUCACAGUCCCCACUGCCUUCCUCUUCCUGGUGGAGGACAUGUCCUGCUCUCCUAUCUUGCCCCUGCUGUACCUGAGUUUCCUUUUCCAUCUCUCAGUGGUCUCCUACUCCUGGCUGCUGUUCCGGCUGAUGCCCGGCAGCCCUCUGCUGUAUAUGUACAAGAUCUGCUUCCACAGGGACCUAAGUCUGCGCCUGAGGUGGGUGGUGGACAGUGUCCAAUACUGGGCCUUCUUUGCUCUCUUCACUGUCAUUCCUGCCGUGACACUGCUAUGCCCAUCAAACGAGCAGGAGCACUGCCGGGCAGCUCUCAUCUCCAUGUACACCAUCAUUCUGCUCCUCUUUGCUGCACCCCUGCUCAUUUCCAGUGCAAUCAAUUUCAUUAAGGCCAAGUGGGGCUCCCAGCAGCAGCAACCCAAGAGGCGCGACAUCGUUAUCGUCCUCAUUGUGCUCUUUGCUCUCCUGCUCACCAUCUGCCAUUUCCUGCAGCAGCUCGGUUCCAUCACUGUGUCCUCACAGGCUUUUUUUCUGCUCACCUGCACCCACAGCACCAUCAAACCCUUAAUGUACAUCUUGGUGGGGAGCUGGAGGACAGACUGCUUCAUGGCGAUCUCCUGGGAGCACUGUACAGGGUCUCUAAGGGAAUCUCUCCAGAGGGUCUUUGAUGAGUAGAAAGAACAAACUGCCUGCAGAAAUUAUGCCCAUACUGACACAGGAGCUCUGAGCCGCUCGAUCCCUUCCACUGCUCUGCUGAAGGAUCUUGGCAUAAAGCCUGAAGGUUUCCUUGAGUGAACUGAUAAAUCAAUAUCCACAGGAUCACCCUCCCCGGCGUGCUGUAUUUCUGCAGGAGAAGGGACCAGAGGCAUUGCCUUGGGUGAUUUUUCUGAGAUGCUCUGCAGGGAGCAAAUUAGGGCAUGGCUUUCUUCCCCUCUCCUGGAUCCACAUAGCUCCAAGCAGUGCGGCUGGGCUCAGUGCUGUUCCCCAGCUCUAUUCCCCACGGAAUGACCCUCAUGGCCUCGACCCCAGGACAUGAACUCCAUCUCCUUGGGCUCAGCAGAUGAGUUUCAUGGUGUUUUCAGGGAGCUCUUGCCUGCACUGUAACACAUUUAAUCCCUGGGGACACACCCAGCACUGGGUGGCAGUGAUUUCCCAAAUCCCUGUGGGGCUGAUGCCUCUGGAUGGCAGGAGAGGGGUUGGGAUCACAUGGAGCAUCCUUCCCCUUCUGUCUUGUUUUUUUUUUUCAAUUAUUUUUUAAGCUAUGGAGUUUUUCUAAUAUGAGUAGUGUGUUCACCUUGAGAGUUAUAAUGCUGAUCUCUGACCACUGUGGGCAGUUCAAGCCCGAAGCGCUGCACAAGCUCCGGGAAGGCGGGACGGAGGUGAAGCUAUGUUGGAAAAGUGGAAUGUGUCUGAAAGCGGGGAUGGAUUACAAAGAGGGUAGAAAGCCGGUUUCUGUUUUGGGUGGUGUGCCUCUGGCUGUGCCUCUGGCUGCGAGUAAGCACCGAGCACUGUUCCUUUUACCUUAUUUUGUCCUUUACUGUAGUUCAAUAAACUUCUAAAAAUUUUAA